AUGGAGAGUAGUAACAAUGAUGUGAGCUCUGAGGCUGAUGAGGAUAGUGGCCACAAUUCCAAUGUUCAAACUGUUCACCUAGUCCAAACUUCAACCGGCCAUAUUGGAGAAAGAGCAGUCGUCAAUUCAACACCCCAAACCUGUAAUCAAUCUUUAAUACACCCAAAAAUUAUGGCAAAUAAAGGCCAACACAAAUGCCUUGUAUGUUUCGAAAAAUUCCCAUCAAGACAUAAGCUCCUUUCUCAACUUCGGGAUAAGUAUCCUAAAGCCAAAUCUGCCUUUUCUAAGAUUGGGAUAUCAUCAACUAACCCUGAGUAUCCAUCAAUCAGCAAUACAGAUAUGCCUGUCUGA